CGCUAGCGAAAGCGACGAUGUGUGGUUGUGUGUGCGAUUGUGUAGGCACGUAAACAAGUUGGUACAGUUUGCCGUACUUUACUGGUGAUUUUAUUAGUAAAAACAGAGUUUCAAAAUGAUCAUGGACAACUCGAAAACAACCAGCAAAACCACCCUGCUCAAGCUAAUGCUGUUGCGCGCAUGGAAGGAGCGUUGGACCGACUGCCAAUGGGGCAUCAACGUGAAAACGAUUCUCACUCGCGGAGUAAGCGGCGAUGUGUACAAUUUGGCCGAUGCAAUCGUUCAACAGGCGGUGGUUGGAUCUGGCGCUAACAUGCUCUUUCUCUCCUACCUGAAACACUCCUUGUGCGCCCACCUCAUUUCGCAUGCGGCCGUGCUGAACCGUAUCGCCAAGUACGACCAGUUCGACAAACAUCACUGUCUGAUCGCUUUGCUCGACUUCCUGAAGUCAAUUAUCGAUGGCGUAACGUGUCGCGGCAAGCAGGAAGAAUCGAUCCUUACCAAAGCGACCGUUGCGCUCGUCCACUGGUUGCUGCAGAUCUACGAAUGCAUCCUUAAAACGUACGCCGACAGCCGGGCACUGCAGACGGAGGAAGAGGAUGUCGUUCAACGCGUUGCCAUAGUGCUGGAACGGAUCGUGGAAAACCCUUUCCUGCUCGGGGUGCUUUCCAUCGGGAAGUGUGAAGAUCCGGACCUGUUCCUUACGCUACAGAAAAGGUUCAACGGCAUUAACAAUCUUACCAUUACGACCGGUUACGUGGCGCACGUCGGGAGCAGCCCGAAAAAUGUAACCGUUACGGAUUACAUGCGCAAGCUGGUCCUGCUCGAGGUGGACAUUCUGGAGAUGAAACAGUUUGACGGAGGGAAGGUGGAACCGAUUACGUUCAGCUUGCAACCGUUCAUUGCCAUCGAGGUGCUGCUAAAUCCCAUGACUGACACGAAUCAGUACGUUGCUCAGCUGAUUACGCUGAAGCGGUUGAAGGGCUACUCGUAUGCACGCUUGUACUGCGAGAUUAUGCGCGGUUGUCUCAUCUCGUUGAACAAUGUCGAGGGCACGUCGAAGGAAUCGCUGCUGUGUGCGUUCGCGUUCAUCAAGGUGCCGCACAUCCUCCACCAAAUACACACCAAAACGAACGGCAAAGAGCAGCAGGAUGAGGCGACCAGCGCGAACUACAGCGUCGAUCUGGUGGAAGCGUUCGAAUUGCUGCUGCAAGAUGCACCGGUGCUGGAUUACAUGGACAUGAAGUGUUCCUGCAACAUUGUCGAGUGUCUGCUGAAGGAGAUGGUUAAGCAUCACCUGCUGACCGAAACGCACGUGAAACAUUUCGUCGCCCUGCGGGACCCGGUAACGGUUGGGCUGCAUAAGCUCGAGGCGAACAAUGCGCACCUUACGCUGAUGCUGAAGUUCGUGUUUCGCGUCGAGUCGCCGUUGGUUGGCAUACUGAAGGCGCUCAGUGCGGAUUACAGCAAGGUACAGGAUGCGCUGCUCGCGAUGCUGUGCCAGGUACUGACCGGGAACAGUCUCGAUUUGAUCGUUUCCGUCGCGUCGGUUGAGGGAAAGUUUAAAACCUUCAUUGCCGGCCUGUUGAAGUGUAACGAUUACGCGAAGCAGGCGACGAGCGUCGAGAUCGGCAAGGCAAGCACCACCCGCGGCGCACUGUUCGACGUAACGUUCAUGAUACUGGCCUGCAUCGCGCAGAGCUACGGAUCGGACGUCAUCCUAGCCGAGGGAGGCAACAGUUUCUUCGAGAAGUGGGUGCGCGAUUACAUGGUCGAGCGGAAGAAAAGCAAAUCGCCCAUGACGAUGGUAAAGCAGGCCGAUCCAAUGGUACUGGAGGAGCUGAUCAUGGCCCUCAACAGCUCGAACGACGGUGGCGGUGGUCUGAAAGGUUCUAACCUGCGCUGGGAAGACAUUUGCUACACCAUCCCGGCGCUCCUCCACCAGGUGCUGAUGGCGUGGGAAAAUGAAAAAAUUUCCCCGGUCGAAAUAAAGAAAAUGCUCGACGGGUUGAAGGCACACUUCUGCUCGUUUGCGGUCUGCGCAUCGUCGUGGCUGUGCGCCUACAUACAGAUGGUCCGGCAGGACGAGCAAGUGAAGCCGAUGAACAUGGUGCAGCAGCUGUGCAGCGUCCUCGCCGGACCGCAGGCAGAGGAAUGGCAGCAGCAAGACUACUGCAAGGAGCGCUUCGGCUUGAUGGGACAGAUCAUCCGGCGCAUGCAGCAAGAGUUUCAACGGACGCCACAAAUCAAUCCAAAGCUGCGGGCCCUCUUCCCAAGCCAACACAUGGUUUCGCACCUACCGCUCGAGGAGCAGUUCGAGGAAGCGUGGAAGGCGAUCGUCGAACGGGGUUGGUUACCGAUCGAGACAACGUUCCUGCUCGACACGCUACUGCAAUCGUGCGGCCCGUCCUGGUUGGUGGAAAAGCUGAUCGCAAAGCUCUUCCUGUGCAAGUACAUUCGCGAUCUAAACAAAACGAUGGACAUCGUAUUCGCGAUCAUGCAUCUGGACAUUGAGCGCUGCACGAUCGCACUCCUGUCGCAGCUCGUGCCGAUGAUGUUGCAAAACAAGCAGCAAACUCCCGAGAUUGUAGACCCACAGUCACGCGUGCUAGCAAAACUCUGCGUCUACUGCAUCAUCGUCACGAUGGAAGCAUCGAUCACGGCGUCCAAAAAGCGAACCCGCGCCACCGUCGGUUCCGAGCUGGAAGAUAUCGAUUCGCUGUGCACCAGCGCCAAGCUGCGGAAGAUCGAUCUGGACGGUAUGGGCGUAGGGUGUGAAGCGACCGGGGGCAAUGAUUUCGCGCUCGAAAGUGCCCUUGAUUCGGUUGCCAGCUGGGACGGUGCGUCGGUGCCUAGUUUGAAGGAACCGUUGCAAGGUUGCCUGCAGACGCUAUUCCGCACCUUUACGCAGUACAUCACGACGGACGAACUGUCGCCGAAGGUGUACUUUAUCUUCCAGUUCCUGUCGCUGCUGGUCGAGAGUGGUCGGGAUCGGAUUGCCUGCGUGCUGAAGCUGUUGCCGAACGGGUUGGUGCAGAAUUUGCUGAAAAUCAACGCUACGGAUGAAAUGACCGUCGGAUUAAUCUUAAGACUGUACGACCUCAACACGCCGACUGGCCGCCAGUGUGCCAUGUCCGACGUAUGCCUGUUGCGGAACAUUCAGAUGCGAAAGGAGAGUAUCAAGCUGUAACUUCUCAUCGUACCGUACGCUGCUAGCUAGUAAUUUUGACCCUUGUUUGUACUGUAAGCGAAUAAUAAAUGAAGAAUCCAGGCCAGGAACCGUCAAGAGCAUCGCUCAA